CAACAAUACAAAGUCCGUCAUCUUCGUAGGAAACGUGAAGAAGAAACAAAGAAAGAGAAGAAGCCGAAAACGAAAACUCUUGACGAUGAAGACGAGGAAUGGUUGCUGACUAUGGCUGGACCGAUCACCGAGAAUACCGUUGACGAUGGAGCAGAUGAUGCUGACGCGAAGAAAGAAAAUGCGUCAAAAUAUAAAUGGAUUGAGAUUAAUUAUAGCGAGGAGGAUCAUCCUUCCCUUCUGUUAUCAACCGCAGAGGCCGUCGAAGGCUUGUCGCUUAAAAUUCCAGCUGACGCUUUACAUCGCUUUCAAAAGAUUGGUCUCUAUUUACCUGGAAUUUGUGCAGAUUAUGUCCCAAAAGCUAUCGAUGAAUUCAACAGCAGCAGUUUCGCUGGUGUGGAAAUCGAGGGACCAAUUGGAGUGAACAUUACGGCAUUGGAAGCCGCAGGAGUGAAUUUAACUGCUUUGGCGGAGAAACUUAGGAAUGACACUGAAGUGGACGAGAUCUUGAGUAGAACGAAUGCAUCGACAAAAACUCUCGGUGGAAGCUACAUCCUUCCGGUGCUCAGCAAGAAUCAGUAUGAUCCAUUUUCAGCUCCUAUAGUUUUUCAAGGCAGUGCAGUUGUAGUUCGUUUCGGGAUCUACAUCGAGUCUAUGUCAAAUUUUCAAACGUCAACAAUGGAUUACGACAUGGAUAUUUACCUUAUGAUGUCGUGGAGAGAUGCUCGUCUUGUAACUCCGUACGACAAACCAAUACUCGUAAAAGAAGAAGAGAUUCUCGAAAAAAUUUGGCGACCGGAUCCUUUCUUCGCAAAUGCGAAAGAAGCGGAAUUCCACGAAGUAACCUUUUUGAAUUUUCUAAUGCGCAUCUUCCCGGAUGGUUUGGUUCUCUAUGAAACAAGGUAUAUCACUAAGGCUAGCUUUAACGUACUUUCCAACAAUUUGUUGUUGGCUUAUUUAGAGAAUUUUUUUGUAGAACAAAAAAUUCCAGUUGCAUAUCCUGUAGAGACUGUGCAGUUUGAAUGGUUUACUCGCAGAGCUGAUGCGAUUGACAAGAAUCCAGAUGUGAAGCUACCAGAGUUGUACAUAGAUCGUUAUGAGCCGACAACAUGUACAAAAGCGAGAAAGUCUGGUAAG